AGAAAAUGACAAGCCAUCUCUAUUAUUAUUCUUUGAUCCAUAAUUUUUCUUGAACCCUUUUAACAAUUAUCCAAAAAAGUUUGUUUUUUUAACAAAUUUAAGACCUACCCUUAUUCUCAAUCCGUUACGAAGUUUUGAUCUUUAUUGUGUAAUUUUAAUUUGGGUGCUCUUGAAAUUUUCUGAAGAUUAUUGGUUUUUUUUUUUUAUUAUUUUGAAUUGAAGAUGAUGAUGAUGACAAUGGAGGGGAUGAUGGAUAAGGGUGUAUUGGAUGAUAUAAUUAGAAGAUUGUUAGAGGGAAAAGGAGGCAAACAAGUUCAGCUUUCUGAAGGAGAGAUCCGUCAAUUGUGUGUCAAUGCUCGCCAGAUUUUUUUAUCUCAGCCUAAUCUCCUUGAAAUUAAAGCUCCUAUUCGCAUUUGUGGUGAUGUUCAUGGACAAUAUCAAGACCUGCUGAGGUUAUUUGAGUAUGGAGGCUAUCCUCCUUCUUGCAACUAUCUUUUUCUCGGAGAUUAUGUUGAUCGAGGAAAGCAAAGUUUGGAGACGAUAUGUCUGCUUUUAGCCUACAAAAUCAGAUAUCCGGACAAAAUUUUCCUGCUGAGAGGAAAUCAUGAGGAUGCGAAGAUCAAUAGGAUAUAUGGCUUUUAUGACGAGUGUAAAAGGAGAUUUAACGUUAGGCUUUGGAAAAUCUUUACAGACUGCUUUAAUUGUUUACCCGUGGCUGCACUCAUUGAUCAGAAGAUACUAUGCAUGCAUGGUGGACUUUCUCCAGAGUUGGAGAAUGUGAACCAAAUAAAGGAAAUUCAGAGGCCUAUUGAAAUUCCAGAUAGCGGUCUUCUUUGUGACCUUCUUUGGUCUGAUCCUGAUGCUAAGGUUGAGGGCUGGUCAGACAGCGAUCGAGGAGUUUCGUGUACUUUUGGAGCAGAUAAGGUUGCUGAGUUCUUGGAUAAGAAUGACCUUGAUCUCAUUUGCCGAGGUCAUCAGGUGGUGGAAGAUGGGUAUGAAUUUUUUGCAAAACGAAGAUUAGUCACGAUAUUUUCAGCCCCGAACUACGGUGGGGAGUUUGACAAUGCUGGUGCUUUAUUGAGCGUCGAUAAAUCUCUAGUAUGCUCCUUUGAGAUAUUGAAGCCAGCUGCACCAGCUGGCAGUUCUAAGCUGACUCUUAAGAAGCCUCCUAAACUCGGAAAUUUCUAAAAUGGCAAGUUGUUGAAGUCUAAUUCCAGUUUUGAAUAGGAGAUAAACCAAUCUUGAAUCAAUUGCUACAGAUUGAACAAUGUUACAGUGCAGUUUCUCUCGUUGGAAUAUAAGAUCGUAGUAAAACAAUUCAGUGCUUAUAGCUAUAGAAAAAGAAAAAGAAUGUAGAUUAACAACCAGCAACACUUGCAAUGUAAUGUUCUGGUCAGAAGCUGAAAUCUUCAGAUUGGGCAUUAUUUGAGACCGUCUCGUUUCCGCCGAUUAGCAUAUCCUAUAUACUGAUUGAGCUUGAUUUUUGUUAAGUUUGUACAUGUACCCUGGUUUGCUCAUGUAAGAAAAAAAAAUAGUUCAUUCCUCGCUGAUCUAUUGUAUCAAAUUGUACUUCCUAGUAACUAGCUUUUGAUUCAAGUUUUCUCACUUUAACAUGUAAAUAACUUUAUAUGUUAAAUAUAACUUUAUAUGCAAGUUAUCAA